UGUUUUUUACACCAACUUGACGUUAACAAUGCUUUUUUACACGGGGAAUUGAAAGAAGAUGUGUACAUGACCAUACCUGAAGGAGUUCCAUGUCACAAACCUAAUCAGGUAUGUAAACUUCAGAAGAGUUUAUAUGGUCUGAAGGAAGCAAGUCGCAAAUGGUAUGAAAAGUUAACUACUCUUUUAUUGCACCAAGGGUACACUCAAUCUACUUCUGAUUACUCCCUUUUUACUUUGAAAACUGAUGCAUAUUUCACAACAAUUUUAGUAUAUGUUGAUGACAUAAUCUUAGCUGGCACUUCUAUGUCUGAAUUUGAUCGUAUCAAGCUCAUUCUAGAUGAAACGUUUAGUAUCAAAGACAUGGGACUAUUGAGGUGUUUUCUUGGCCUUGAGGUUGCUCACUCAAAGGCAGGCAUUUCUUUAUCACGACAAAAAUAUUGUCUUGAUCUCUUGCGGGAAUCUGGUAUGCUUGGAUCUAAACCAGCUCCCACACCUCUUGAUUCAUCUGUCAAGCUACAUGCUGAUAGUGGCAAAGCCUUUGAAGACAUUGGAGCUUAUAGGCGUUUAAUAGGUCGCUUGUUGUAUCUUAACACAACACGUCCAUACAUUACAUAUGCCACCCAACAACUCAGCCAGUUUCUUCACAAUCCAACAAUGACACACUACCAUGCUGCUUGCAGAGUCAUACGCUACUUGAAGAAUAACCCUGGUAGAGGAAUUCUGUUUCGUAGGAAUGCUGAAUUGCAACUUCUUGGUUUCUCAGAUUCAGAUUGGACAGGGUGUAUUGAUUCAAGAAAGUCUAUUUCGGGCUAUUGCUUUUUCCUUGGAACUUCUCUUAUAUCAUGGCGUGCGAAGAAGCAAGAUACUGUUUCCAGAUCAUCUUCAGAGGCAGAGUAUCGGGCACUAUCUUUUGCUACAUGUGAACUGCUUUGGUUGAUAGCUCUCAUGAAGGAAUUGCACAUCACAUGUACCAAACUCUCUGUCCUGUACUGCGACAGCCAAAGUGCAAUGCAUAUUGCACUCAAUCCGGUAUUUCACGAACGAACCAAGCACCUUGAGAUUGACUGUCAUUUAGUCUGUGAAAAACUGCAGCAAGGCUUACUUCGGCUUCUACCAAUUUCAACUCAUGAGCAACUAGCUGAUUUCCUAACCAAAGCUUUAUCCACUUCAACUUUCAACAAGUUCAUUUCUAAGCUUGGCAUGAUCAACAUCCACCAUGCUUAG